CCCACCAACAUCGCCAACCCCCUCCCUUUCUAGUCACUGGGGCUAUCUCUGUCUCCCUCCAAAGCUGUUGUUGCGGUGCGGCUCCUGCACAUCAUUCCACUGCGAUGGAAAUUAAAUGAAGGUGGCUUAGCACAGCUAACAGAGACAUGCUUUGAAGGAUGUAACCGGGGGAAGCUGCGCUGCCAGAUCCUUUUCCAUGGGCUGUGGAUUUGUACUGCUGAGGCGAGGACACAGCAAUCACUCAGCCAUGCAGAGGCUCAGAGAGAACGACUAAUCUCUACACCUGACUUCUGGAUGCCUUACUUUUUUUCACUGAAAUAUUAAUGGGCAAAUAAAAAAACAAUGCAUUACAAUGGUGCCGAAGUGAAGUUCAUAUUGGAUGUGUAGGUUGAUUGCAGUCAGCAGCACAUAUGGAUGUGUUCAGCUUUGUCAAGAUGCCAAAGCUUUCAGGCCACAGGACCAAAUCUUCAGGUUGGCCACCACCUUCAGGGACCUGGAGUGGUUCUCAAGGACCCCCAAAUGGAUGGGACAUGGGCACCAUCAGAGAGGGGCGUGACUGCUACAUCAAUCAGAUCUCCCAUAGCAGCUCCCUGGAGGAAGUUCGUCUGGAUGGAGACAAGUUUGUGCCCCCCACGCCCCGGAAGGUUGAGAUGAGGCGGGAUCCAGUGCUUGGCUUUGGAUUUGUGGCAGGAAGUGAGAAACCUGUUGUGGUCCGGUCAGUCACUCCAGGGGGUCCAUCAGAAGGCAAACUGGUCCCUGGGGACGAGAUCAUCAUGAUUAAUGAUGAACCAGUCAGCUCAGCUCCCAGGGAGAGGGUUAUCGACCUUGUCAGAAGCUGCAAGGAGUCUAUUGUGCUGAGUGUUGUUCAGCCAUACCCAUCACCCAAAUCUGCAUUCAUCAGUGCAGCCAAAAAGGCCAAGUUAAAGACGAAUCCUGUUAAAGUCCGCUUUGCUGAGGAGGUCAUCGUCAAUGGACAGGUCCCAGAAACAGUGAAGGACAACUCUCUUCUUUUUAUGCCAAAUGUUUUGAAGGUGUACCUGGAAAAUGGCCAGACUAAAUCCUUUAGAUUUGACAGCAACACAUCCAUUAAGGACGUCAUUUCGACCCUGCAAGAAAAGCUAUCUAUUAAGUGCAUCGAGCACUUCUCUUUAAUGUUGGAGCAGCGAGCAGAGGGAUCUGCCAGCAAACUCAUGCUCCUGCACGAGCAGGAGAUGCUAACUCAGGUGACACAGAGGCCGGGCUCACACAAGAUGAAGUGCUUCUUUAGGAUCACUUUUGUCCCAAAGGAUCCCGUGGACCUGCUAAGGAGAGAUGCAGUAGCCUUUGAGUACCUCUAUGUUCAGAGCUGUAAUGAUGUGGUACUGGAGAGAUUUGGGUCAGAACUGAAAUAUGACACAGCUCUUCGUCUGGCUGCCUUGCAAAUGUACAUUCUGACCAUUAAUACUAAACAGUCUCAGAAAGUUUCCCUGAAGUAUAUUCAGAAGGAGUGGGGCUUGGCGUUAUUCCUGCCACCAGCAGUGUUAUCCAGUAUGAAAGAGAAGAAUAUCAAGAAGGCCCUCACUCAUAUUCUGAAAACCAACCAAAAUUUGGUACCACCUGGUAAAAAGCUGACUGCAUUGCAAGCAAAGGUGCAUUAUCUGAAGUAUCUCAGCGACUUGAGACUUUAUGGAGGGCGUGUGUUUAAAUCCACACUGGUGCAAGGAGAGAAACACACAGAGGUGACUCUGCUGGUGGGGCCCAAAUACGGUAUCAGCCAUGUGAUAAACACAAAAACAAAUCUGGUGGCGCUUCUGGCUGACUUCAGUCAUGUCAACCGCAUUGAGAUGUAUUCUGAAGAUGAGAAAAGGGUUAGAAUGGAACUGCAUGUUCUGGAUGUGAAGCCAAUCACUCUCUUAAUGGAACCUAUUGAUGCAAUGAAUCUGGCCUGUUUGACUGCUGGAUACUACAGGUUACUCGUUGACUCUCGGCGCUCCAUCUUCAACGUGGCCAAAAAAACAGAAACGGGCCAUGCUGCUAAACCAAAACAGAAUUACCAAGCAAUCGAGUGUGCCUACAGCAUACCCCACAAAGGAUGCGAGGAUAGAAAUAACCAGAGGUGCAGUCAAGAUUACCUAGACCAGGGAUGUAAAUACCUCGACCAGAGCAGAUGUGAAGUCCAGCCUGUAUAUGUGACAGAGAUCCACCAACCGCAGCACUCAGUUCGCAUGGCAGAAAGAGCCGAGUGCUGCAGAGUUCCUUGUUCACAAACUUAUCUCAACUUCCCAAUGCCUAAACCGCCAGACUCCUCCAGAAAUGCAAAGGUGUCCUUCAUAUUUGGGGAUCCCCCACUGGACAACAUGAACCCCCAAAAUCUGGGAUACCAAAGACUGAUGGACGAAGGGCCAGAGCUUGCAGACAGUUACAGCCCUAUGUACAGGCGUCUUGAGGAGGAUUAUAAGAUGAUGGAUGCCAUAGAGGAGGGUUAUCCAUACUCCACCAAAAUCUUUGGUCCUGCAGAGUGCAUUGAGGAGCCCCUGUUACACGAUAUCUGUUAUGCAGAGACAACGGAUGAUGCAGAGGAUGAGGAUGACAUCAGCUGUGAGGAAGACCUGGUGAUGAGUGAAAUCGAUAAGCCCACAUUGCUGACCCUCUCAGGGUCUAGUGAUGACAUCAUUGACUUGACCUCACUUCCUCCGCCUCCAGAGGUUAAUGAUGAGGAAGACAACGAUGUACUUCUGCACUCUCUCAACAUGGCCAUUGCUGCUCCACCCCCUGGUUUUAGAGACAGCUCUGAUGAAGAUGAACAGCAUGGGGCUGGGACUCAGGCCCAGAAGGCUGGCAAUGAUAUCCCAAUAUCUCUAAUAGACUCGGUGCCCACUCACCCAGCAGAGGGCCCUGGGCAGCCUCUAGAUGAUGCAGUUGUUUCCACCUUGCAGGCACUCGAGGCCCUGGCUGUUUCUGAAGAACAGAGUCCGGCACAGUCAGAGAGCAGCACAGGUGUGCAAAUAUCAAGAGCAUUUAGCCCAGAGUCUUCAGAUUCUGGCAAUGAGACAAACUCCUCAGAGAUGACUGAGAGCUCAGAGCUGGCUGCUGCUCAGAGACAUUCAGAAAACCACUUGAGGAUGCAUGUAGCCAUGACAGAAGGCUAUCGUGUCAUGAAUGAAGAAAAGGCUGAGGUUUGCCCAACUGGUGAUGAGAAUCCAGAGGAAGCAAAAUCCUCUGCAGUAGCAUCUUCUCAGAUUUUCCACUCAGAUGGUGGUGAGAUGGAACCAGAUACUAUGGAAAUCAAAUCAGUGAGUGAAUUCUUCACUAAGAUGCACAUGGGCUCCUUAAUGAGCAGGCAAAGAGGAAAGCAGAGAGAGGCGGAGAGGAGUAUCCAAGGAGAUACAUGCAGCCCCUCGGAAAAAUCUAAUUUGACUUCUCAAGAUUCUGCAAAAGAAGAACUCCCUCAUCUUGUAGGGAAGUACAAUGCUUUCACUGUGAGAGAUUCCUAUUACAUGAAUCAACUUGAUCUAGGGAGAACUCACUGCAAAGACAGGCAUCAAAAAUGGCAGCAGAGAGCACCGGGAAGCAAAAUGGCAGAGAAUCUUGCACCAGAAUGUGCGAAUGACUCACAGACAUCCCACGCAGACAGGCUGACAGCAAAGGGAGAGAACCAGGAUUCAGAUGAAAGAAACCAACAGUUAAAUGCCCAUCUUCUCUCCCCAUCCAAGGGGCCCUUUCCUGCUGAGAGUGAUGCUACUUCACAGGACAAUAAGCAGAAGCAGAUCAAGCUUUCACAGUCAGAACAGGAUGUCACACGGAUGUAUGAAUACCACGUUAACAAGCGCAUGUCAUCGAUACAAAGUGAAGAGGUCCAUUCUCUGCAGAGCUCACAGUGCUCCUCCAUAGACGCUGGUUGUAGUACUGGCAGUAGCAGUUGUGUCACUCCAAUGGAUUCUCCCCUUUGUGCAACCGACAGUAUGCAUGUGCUAUCAGAGUCUUCACUAAAGGGGAUUAGUUAUGCAGCCGGAGCUGAGGAGAAGGCCUAUGGGCCCACUGUUCAGGGAAAAGCAGGGCAUCCAAUGGACCCCACCCUGAUAAGGAAAAUCCAUGCAGCUACCAGUGCUGAACCAGGGUUUGGAACAAGUCACAAAAUCCCCAAGAUAAAGGAAACUACAGCUUGCACACAGCUGAAGAAGGCUGGGAAAGACUCAUCUUUCUUUAUCUGUGAUAAGACCAGUACCACCUCCACAAUCAUGUCACCGUCAUCAUUACGAAGUAGCACGGAGCCUGUUGAGGUAACACUGGCCAGCCUUGAGCCUGAACCAUCUCCAAGCAGCCCAACAUCAAGCAGCCUCAGGAAGCUGCACAAGGUUCGGAUGCUCAGGAGGAGCUGGAGCACGUUAAUGCCGGGUUCCAGGAGCUUCGAAACACUAAAGGAAAUGACCAAAGCCACACUUACUGGAAAGACUGUUGGUCAGAAUGUGCAGUUUCCAGAGUCCCCAAAAGUGAAAAGGGCAUUUUCUGCCAAAACCUUACCUAAAAGCUUGUCCCAGGCUUCAGUCAGCUUUGAUUCAACUGGAAGAGGACUGUUAACCGGAGCCUCACUGUUGGAGUCAGAAUCAUUGGCUCCAAUACCAGGUGGAACAGCGAGGUGCCAUGGGUCAUUUAGUCACUGCUUCCUUAGGAGAAAGCCCACUCUUCAAAGUAAUUAUAAAGAUAAGGAGAUGUAUUCAGAAAUCAUGCUCCCUAGUAGCGUGACUUCCUUCAGUGACCAGGAAAAACCAGUCGAGGAAGCAGGACUUAACACUGAUCAAACCAACAUACCCACAUGCUUAAAUGAAAUGAGUUUCAAAGACAGGCUUGCUUAUAUACAAUCCAUGAAGGGAAAAACUUACAGCUUUCAUACAGGGUUUGCACUUGCACGGAAGGAUGCCUUAGAAAUGAUUAAUGUGUUGCACUGCAGUGUCAGAAACAAGUCUUUCGACAUGUCGGAGGUUGGUGAGACCAACACGGAGACACUGUCCCAGGUGCUGCUUGCGCAGGCCAGAGUACUAAAUGGUGCCUGCAGUCAGAUGGCCACAGAGUACAGCAGCCCUGAGGAGCUGCUCCUCACUCUGACCCACAGCUUCCACACACUGUGCUGCUUAGCACAAGCCUGCAUGUCACUGGUGGAGGGCCUAAGCACUGAAAAUAUACGCAAGGAAGUGGUGGCAAAGGUGGACGAGGUCAUCAUUAACUACAUAUAUUUGCUAAAAGCUGCUGAGACAGCCGCGGGAGGGUCUCCUGGUGACCAAAAUGUGAAUGCAUUAAUACAUUACUCGGCCACCAUGUCUUUUGUUAUAAACACACUAACUAUCUCACUGAAAUCACUGCUCAACAAAAAAACUGUUACUGUGUUAUGAUUGUUGAGUUUUAAGCCAUACAUAAGAGACAUGGGUUUACCAACCAAUGUGAACUGCUGUGAAUAAAAUCUUGCCUUGUGUAUACAAUGUUUUGUUAUCUACAGAGGAAAAUUAAUUAUAGCAACAUAAGUUUUAAAGAGAUUAUAUCUAGCCCUCUAUUAAGGAGUAUAAUAUGACUUUCCCCUAAAAUAUAUUCUCAGAUAAUACAUAGCAAGGAUUAUUUUAUUGAUAUAUUUAUUUCUUUAGAAGAUCAAGAUGUAAAUUAUUUCAACCUGAAAAGCACCUUCUUUAUAAACUGUAAAAAAAUAUACAGUAAAUUGUGUUGGAGAAAUAAACUACUGUAUAUCAAGUUUUAGACAAUUCAUUGCACAGGACAAGAUGUUAUAAAAUUACAGACCUGCAUACAUAUUUGUUGAGUCACUUGAUUUAAUUAAUAUUUUACACAUGAAUAUUUUCCUGUAUUUUUGUCAACAUCAUUAA